AUGAAAGGUCAGCGAAUGGUUUGCAUUAGUUGUUACCUCGUUCUUCAAAAGAGCCGCAAGUUAAUAAGCAAGUUAAUAACCAUCCACUUCCCAUCAGGUGAAAUGGGGUGAAUUCGACAGCUUUUCUACUCGAGCGCACGUGCGUAAAUUACUGCGUAGGCGCUGUAACGCUUCGGACUUCCUCUUUGAAAUACUUAUUUGAUGGCUAAUGAGAAUGUAUAAUAAUUACAGUGAAACCAAUCUUAUACCUACUUAAUCGUGUCUGCAAAUAACCUACAUAAACUAUUGCAUUUGCAUCUUAUAGCCUACCAAUGAUAACCAUUUCAUACUAUUUUUGGAUACUGUUUGUGGGAGGGGCUCAGGUGAGAUUGUGGGAGGGGGUAAAGUUGUCGUUGAGAAAACACAAAAAAAGGGAAAAGGUGGGUUCGAAUUCGACAAUUACGGAAAUGCCAACCGCCGAUAACCCCACUGAAGAAGAAGAAGAAUACAAUACAAUUCCGGAAGAAUACACAAUUUGGCCAGGUAGACAAUUAUUUGUUCUAAUAAAUAACGACAUUAAACGGUGCCAACACCAGUCGACAUCAGUGUCACCUGGGUAAAUUAAAAACAAAAGUGUAGAACAUGACAAAGCGCAACUAAACUUCAGUCUACCGACUAUCAAAAGCCUGUUUAACAAUGUAUUCUGCCUUACUAUUUUCUUUGUGUUGCUUUGGAGUGAAAAUGUAAUUAUUUAGGCUAUUCAGAUAUUAUAAAAUAGUGCCUUCCCACUGGGCACAGUUUUGAUUUACAUUUGGUUGAGUUGUCAACUAACGACAAUUCAACGUGAAAUCAACCAACAAUUGCACCCUUUCAUUGGAUUUAGGUUAAAAGUUGGGUGAAAAAAAUACGAAAUGUCCUUACUUUGAUGACUUUUUGCAAAUCUAAACAGUUUUCCAAGUUGAUUCAACGUCAUUACAUAUAAUAUUUUGGUUGAAAUUAAGUGGAAACAACGUUGAUUAAAACAGUUUUUGUCUAGUGGAUUCCUGUUUAUACCAUACAAACUUUUGGAACCUAAUACCAACCACUUUUAUUUCCCACUCAUGUAGAUUAGAUUAUAUUUAGCCUUUCAUAUUCCCUAGCAUAUCAUAUUCAUAUUUGCUGCACUUAUGUUACCAAGAUUUCUGAUUCCCUCGCUCUCUCAGGUGUGACCAUGGGGCUCUGUGACGGCCUGUCCCACUGUAAACUGGCCCUGGCCUUUGCUGUUUUGAUGGACUUUCUGGGUGGCGCCGCCUUGCUGGUGGGAGUAUUUGUCCCUCUGGAUAUCAAAGGCAGGGACUUUGGGGAUCUCCUGGUGUACACAGGGGCACUGUUCGUGCUCAUGUCUCUAGGGGGCUGGGUGCUGUGGUACAGCGGCAACAUUGACGGCCUUGCCUCCAGCAAAGAGCUGGGCCACAUUGGCACCACCGUGGACCGACUGGCCCGCACCCUCAGCCGCAAGAUGCAUAUCCAUCGCACCAGGGGACCUUAGGGCAGUGGCUGUCCAUAAAAGCAGGUAAGUUACUUAUCGGAACUUGAAUAAUGGUUUAUAGACCCAAACAUAUUCUAAAUGAUACAUACAGUAUAGGGCUCAGCUGUGAAAGAGACAGCAUGACUCCCUGUUAAAAUAAAGGUUAAAUAAAAUAAAUACAUGCCAAGACAUGCUAAUUGUGAUGCAUCUACUCUGCAGCAUAUAAAAUAAUUACAUGCAAUUGAUCUGUAACCUCUCGCUCUCUCUGCCUCUUCUUUCAAUAGGCUUUCUGUCUACACAUUGGUGGGUGGAUGCCAGACAUGGAUCAAUUACCCCCAAUCUCCCCUCACAUUGAACCACUUCAAUAGUUCUUGUUCUAGUGCAGUAUUUUACAUUUUCUUCUGAGACUUGAGUCCAUCAGUAUUAAUGUUUGAUGGGUAAUAAUAGCACUGUUUCAUGCCAAGCAGUCGAAUGCACUCACCUAACGUGUAAUGUCCCCUGUAUAUUACAAACGAUUAAUGUCCAAACAUUUCUUUAAUAAUGCAAUUGCUCAUCUGUUACAUGGAUGCUAUUAGUGGAUGUGAUUUGAAAUCUCUUGUGUGGUCUUACAGUCAAUCUUUUUCAUAUAGGUAUUUUGCAAAUAAAUGUUUCCUUG